ACAUAGUCUUUGAGGGUGUGAAAUAUUUGUCAUUGGAUUCAAAAGCACAACAAUGUUUCAUACAAUGGAGUGUUUUUUCAAAUUGUUAGUGAUUAUGAGUAUGCUUAAACUCGGAUUGAGUAUCACAACAACUUUCAAUGUGUUGCAUUAUGGAGCAGUUGGAGAUGGAAAAACCAAUGAUUCCCCUGCCUUUCUAAAAGCAUGGAAAGAUGUGUGUCAGAGCAAGUCAACCACAUCUCAUUUGAUCAUACCAGCAGCCAAGACAUUUUUAUUGAGGCCAAUAACAUUUAGUGGUCCAUGUAAAUCUAAUUAUAUUUACAUUGAGCUUUCAGGAAACAUUGUUGCACCUCAAACAAAAUCAGAAUAUUCAGGAUCACAUUUAAACACAUGGAUUGGCUUCUCAUUUAUCAAUGGUUUAAUUAUCAAUGGAAAAGGAACAAUUGAUGGUAGAGGUUCUAUGUGGUGGAAACAACCUUGCAUAGGAAAUCCAUCACCUGGGACAACUUGCCGUCCACCAACAGCAAUAACAUUGAAUAGAUGCUAUCGGUUUCAAAUAAAAGGAUAUAAAAGUAUUAAUCCAGCAAGAAGCCAUAUAACUCUAACAAGCUGCAAAAAAGGCAUUAUCUCUAACAUUCGUCUAAUUGCUCCUGGAGAAAGUCCUAAUACUGAUGGCAUCGAUAUCUCUUCCUCAAGAGACAUUCAAGUACUUAACUCUUUCAUUGGAACAGGUGAUGAUUGCAUUGCUAUUAGUGCUGGAUCAUCAGUAAUCAAAAUUACUGGUAUAACAUGUGGUCCAGGACAUGGUAUAAGCAUUGGAUCAUUGGGGGCACGUGGAGAGAGCGAUAUUGUAGAGGAUGUGCAUGUGAAAAAUUGUACAUUGACUGAAACAUUAACUGGAGUAAGGAUCAAGACAAAGCAGGGUGGAGGUGGAUUUGCUAGGAGGAUCACAUUUGAAAAUAUUAGAUUUAUUAGAGCCCAUAAUCCUAUUAUGAUUGACCAAUUUUAUUGUGUUAAUCAGAUGGUCUGCAAAAACGAGACUAAAGCAAUCAAGAUUAGUGAUGUAACUUAUAGAGGGAUUAGUGGAACAUCAUUGACAGACAAGGCAAUAAAUUUGAACUGUGACCAGAAUGUUGGGUGUUCCAACCUUGUGUUUGAUCGUGUUUAUGUAAGAUCUGCUGUUCCUAAGAUGAAGGUUUUCUCCUUCUGCCAUAAUGCUCAUGGAAGAGCAUCACACACCAAACCAAUUCUAAAUUGCUUGCUCAAGUAGUUUGAAGUUGACACGUGUCAAAUACCAGAUUGGUCGAAGGUGUCGGUGUUACAUAGCUCUUCCCUUUGAAUUGUUGAAGGAAAAAAAAAAGAAUAGAAGA